GUUUUGUUUGACAACAUAACCUAACUAACUAAUUAUUAUUUACUAGACUCAAAAUUAAAAACUUUAUAUCAUAAAUAAUGAAUUAAAUCGUUUAUAAUGACUGAUGUAGAGACUGUUGAAGAUUUUUAUGGAGUCUAUUUGUUGUGUUGUCUCAAUCCCAAGUACAAAGGAAGAACGUAUAUCGGUUAUACAGUAGAUCCAAAUAGGCGAAUAAAGCAGCACAAUAAGGGUAAAAAAUUUGGAGGGGCUUGGAAAACUAGCAAUAAAGGGCCAUGGUCUAUGGUUAUGAUUAUACACGGUUUUCCAAAUGAUAUAUCAGCUUUACGAUUUGAAUGGGCUUGGCAACAUCCUCACUCCUCUAGGAGGUUAAAACAUGUCUCGAAAAAAAAGUAUAACGAAAAGAACUUUGAUUUUUGCAUAAGAGUUUUAUCGGAAAUGCUCAGAGUGGGCCCUUGGUGCAGAUUACCACUUAACAUUCGUUGGUUAAAUCCAGAUUUCGUUACCGAUUUUCCAGCACUUAAAUCACCACCUCUUCACAUGCCAAUCUGCCAUGGCUCAGUAGUGAGCAAAAAAAUAGAUAAGCGCAUUCCGUCUGAAAAUAAAGAAACGACAUGUUCCCUUAGUAACAUAUGUGAUAUUUGCCAGACACCCAUAUCAGAAAAAGAUAUGAAAUGUAUUAAUAAUAAUUGUGAUGCAAAAAUGCAUGUUCUUUGCUUAUCUAAUGUCUUUCUAAAGCCCGGUGAAUAUGUUCCUGUGGAAGGAGCGUGUCCCAAAUGCCAUCAAACUGUAUUGUGGGGCGACAUUGUUAGGAAAUACAAAGGUUGUUAUAACACCGUCGAUGUAAAAAUCAAUUUAGAUAAUGCUAAUGAAUUUUACUCGUCUGAUUCUGAUUAGUUAUUUUAUUAUUAUAUUACAUAGGUUUUAAAAGGUAAUAAAUUUUUUUAUGGAAUCUACCUGUGUACGUUUAUUACUGAGCUACAUGUAUCUAGAAUUGUAUUUUCG